CAAUGCGUCGCCCGUCACUGCUCCGUCCUGCAACUCAUCAGAGAAUGGCGACGACGAGCUCAACACAACACGACGACAUUCAGUUGCCCAUCCCUGGCAGGCCUGCUACGUAGAGGCGUCGAGCGACCAACGCCAACGCUUCGGCGGCCACAGUCCAGGACGCUAUUCCGAUUUCCAACGAGGCCUGGUACGGAAAGUCGGCGCAGCGUACGGCUACACCAAACAUCACCUGGAGCGAUCAAGUGAACAAUUGCUUGACUGAGCUCACCUCCACCUCCCGUCGCCAUGGCCGCACCGCUCAAGCCCGCCGCAGACGCCUCCGACCACGAGUCCGCCGGCUCCUCCCACGGGCAGCUGUCGGCUCCGGACAAGACAGCGGCACGCCCGGGCUUCUUCCAGCGAAGAAGAAACGUCGUCAUCGUCAGUGUCGUCGCCGCCUUGCUUGUCCUCGGCCUCGUCUUGGGCCUUGCCUUGGGCCUCACUCUCGGCCGCCGCAACAGCAACAACAACGGCGACGGCAGCGAGUCCUCGUCCUCUCCCGGGCCGACCGUCGUCCGCGGCGCAUACCCGGACCCGCACCCCAUCGCCGGCACCAUCCCCAACAACGCAAACUACACCACCCUCGACCCGACCCUCAUCCGCCGGGCCUCGGACGGCACCUACUUCCUCUACACCACCGGCGGCUACUCGGGCUAUGUCUGGUCCGCCCCAGCCCUGUCCGGACCCUGGACAAAGUCCGCCGCGCCUAUGGUCUCCCCGGGAACCCAGGCCGGCGCCCCCGACGUCCACCAGUUCAACGCCACCACCUACAUCAUGUUCCACAACAGCCACAAGUACAACUACUCGGCCGAGGCCGGCGUCGCCAACCCCCAGGCCCAGCUCAACUGGCACGACGCCAGCAUCAUCGCCCGCACCUCGGACAGCCUCGAGCCCGGGUCCUGGAGGGAGGUGGGCAGGCUCGACAUUGACUGGGCCAUGCGGUACAACAUCCUCGACCCGUCACUCUUGCGGGUCCCAGCCGGCCGAGGGGCCCCGGAGGACAAGGCAAAGGCGAUGCUCACGUUCGGAUCGUACCAGACGGGGCUGUACCAGAUCCCCCUGGACCCAGAGUUUCCUGUCAGGCUAGCCCACGGCAGCAGCAACAGCAACAAUAACAACAACAACGCCUACGCAAUGAGCCAGCUUGUCCACCUCGAGCAUAACCAGACCAACAAGAUCGACACGACCGAGGCGGCAUACAUGUACUACCGCUCCUUCGAUAACGCCACCACCGCCGCCGCUUCCACCUCUGCGUCCUCAGUAUCCGGAUCGGCAUCAGGGGCGCAGACCGCAGCAACAGGAGGCUGGUACUACCUCUUCUUCUCGGCCGGCAAAUGCUGUCCCCAGGCGACCACCCCUGGCCAUCCGCACCCAGUCCACAACAACCACACUACCACUGGAAACGACAACAACAACAACGAAAACGACGGCCAGACCACCUACACCGUCUCCGGCGGCGCCACGACCUACGCCAACACGACCAUCUCGUGGUUCCCCUACGAUGAGGCGUACCGGGUCAUGGUGUGCCGCUCGCGCACGCCCUCUGGCGAGUACUUUGACCGCGAGGGCAGGAGCUGCCUGACCGACAGCGGGGGCACGCUGGUCCUGGCUAGCCACGACGGGGUGUUUGCGCCGGGCGGGCAGGGGGUGUGGGAUGAUCCGGUCGAGGGGACCGUGUUGUAUUACCACUAUGUGGCCUACGAUAUUGCCGUCAACAAGCCCGACGAAAACAACAAGGGCUACAAGUUUGGCUGGAACAAGGUCGACUUCAGCGACGAGGGGUGGCCCAGAGUCAUAUAGCCGCGGCAGCGGCGGCGGCCAGAUCAGCGUGGCAACAGCGAUGGCGUCCAGGUUCUAAAUGAACGGGUUCUGUCCAGAUCAUAAGUCUCUCUGGGCUUUCUCCGGCACUGGCCUCCUUCCUUCCCUCCCACCCUUUCUUCUCUUUUCUUUAAUCCUCUCGGUACAUAUUUGCCUACCUGUUUUUCUCGUUGAUGUAGACCACGCGCAUUUCCUUCGUCAAGCGCGCGCGUGGCUGUCCCCGGCGCAAAUUGUUUUCCCAGAGCUGGCCACAUCCAGCGCCUGGCGAUGUCUAGAUUACUUCUUUUGUGCUUGUGGCCUAGAACUUUUGAAUCUUGCGCAUUUUUUAGGAGUUUUGAUAGCACAUAGACUUUUCGUCUUCUGAUCAUCAUCUUCUUUCUUGCCGCAAACUCUUCCGGGGGGCCAGAGUAGAAACAUCUGUGC